AUUCUGUAAAGAGAGAGAGAGGAAGAGAAACUAAGAGGGAGGGUGGAAUAGAGAUAGACAGAGAGAGAGUGAGAGAGAGAGAGAGAGGGAGAGGGAUAGAAGGAGAGGACAGUGUUGCAUCCAGAAGAAUUCAGCUUCAGCAGCAGUCAUGCUUCAUGGUGCGACGUGCAGAUCAGCAGGCUCCUUACCGCUGGGCAGAACCGCCUUUGUGUUCCCCGCUGCAGUGGGGGAGUGCAUUUACCGUCGCGCCUGAGGGGAGAAGCCAAGAAGUCUCCUCCAAUCAGUCGCCAGUUAUUUCUCUCAUCUUCAGAGUCUGGCUGAUGGUGAUUUAUGAUCAACCUAACAGAUGCUCUGCUCUCUCCUCAACAUAGCAACCACCUGGAAUAAUCCCAGCACUGUUGUUCAUCAAGACAAACAUUGGAUUCUUACUGAAUGUUCAGCAGACAGACGGUGGAUUACUACAGAGUCAAUGCUUUGGGGGUCUUCCUCUGCAAGAGGAAGAAGGAAGAACUUUUUUCAAGCCCAGCACAGGACACAAUGUGACAGAAGUCCUUCAUCGCUCACAUAUUGCUCCUGUCUGAAAGAGGACAAUACUUUUUCCCAUAUAAUUGAUCAUCCCCACAUUUUCCAUGUGCUCUCUCCUGCUUUAGUUUAUUUCCCCUGUUCCAGGUCCUGACCCCAGGCCAGUGACAUAGCAGGCAAUGUGUGACAGCAGAUAUCUGACUCUAGAAAGCAGCAGUGCAAAAGCAAAGCAGUUGCCGACAAUGUGAUUUGAGACUGAAGCUCCUCUGUCCACAUGAACUUAUCAGCACUUUGUCACUCUGCAAUGGAGACAGAGACUGAUGGAUGGACUGCUGUAUUUGUUUCGCUACUGCCUCUGAGAACACUUUGUACAGGAUCUCCUCUCGAUUGUAAAAUGUGAAAUCGGACUGAAAAAGAUAGAAGAAUCAACUGGGAAACUCUACUGUCCAUACCUGAGAGGAGAGAGUCCAGGUGACAAGUGUCUCCACACAAAGCGACACCCCAACUCUGUUGGUCUGGGUGGGACAAACGUGUUGAUUUGGGCAUCGGUGUUGAUCAUCUGGGUGAGCCAGAUCCAGGUCACCAUGGGAUGCAACAUGUGUGUGGUCCAGAAGCCGGAGGAGCAGUACCGGGUCAUGUUCCAGAAGAGUCAGAUCAGUAGCAUGCUGUGUUCUUUUGAUGCAGACGGUCGAUUGAAGGUGAAUGGGAAGGAGCUAACUCGUCUGUCUGGGGAGCCCAGCCUGGACGUGCGGGACCCCCUGCUGUCCCACAUGCUGAGGCGGGGUGCCAGGCGGAGGGCUGGGCUGGCCGCAGGCCAAGGGGGGCCAGGGGCCCUGACUGUGGCCAUGGCUGACUGUGUGGACAGCUGCACCCAGACUGACAUCAGCUUCCAGCACAUGCUGACCCUGGGCAAGAGCAGCCACCACCCCUGUGGGGCCCCACCUCCUCCCCACCCACCCCCCUCCCCUCCUCUUCCACCCUUGCUGGAGCCCUACCUGCUCAACGAGCUGCUCAUAGAGCCUGAAUAUUAUGAUCCCAACGACUACUUUGACAUCACUCAUCAUGAGGUGGACAGACAGGAUGAUCUGGAGUAUGAGGAGGUGGAGUUGUACAAGUCUCGCCAGCAGGACAAGCUGGGGCUGACAGUGUGCUAUAGGACAGAUGAGGAGGAGGAUCUGGGCAUAUAUGUAGGAGAGGUCAACCCAAACAGUAUAGCUGCAAUAGAUGGCCGCAUUCGUGAGGGAGACAGAAUCCUGCAGAUCAACGGGGUGGACAUCCAGAACAGGGAAGAGGCUGUGGCCAUUCUGACCCGGGAGGACAGCACCAACAUCUCCCUGCUGCUGGCCCGGCCUGAGAUUGAGAAUGACAACCAGCUGGACCCAGACGAACUGGAACUGGAGCCUCUGGACAAUUCUGUCCACCUUCCGAGCCCACCCAGGCUGAGGACCAGCCCCUCCAUGCUGGGCACGGGACCCGGGGGCGUGGGGGGCAGUGUGAUGGGGGUACGAGGCCGCCCCCUGAACAGGGACUCUCCCGGUCUGCUGCAGACCGUGCUGAGUAACAGCCAGGAGCUGGACAGUGGCGUGGGCCGGACCGACGAGAGCACACGCAACGAGGAGUCGUCUGAGCACGACCUCCUGGGAGACGACCAGACCAGCACGUCCAACACCAACGCCACCAACACGCCCGGCAGCAUGCGCAAGUUUCUGUCUGGCCGCGGGGACACCCCACCCCUGACGCACUCUCGCGACCUCCACUUCAGUGCCGACUCCCUGCUGGGACUGGACUGUGUGGGAGGAGGGGUUCUGGAGCAGGCGGAGAGAGGGGAGAGGGCCUACACGGUAGACCCUGUGAUGAUGAUGAUGCCUGGGCUGACAGACGAGGAGUACGAGAGGUACAGGGAGCUGCUGGAGAUCAAGUGCUACUAUGAGAAGAACGGUAACGCCCUGCUGCCGCUGGGGGGCCCAGGAGGGGGGGGGCCAGGGGUGGGCAGCGAGGGACCGUUGCCUCUGGAUGUGAACCGGAACGAGAGCAUGAUGCAGCACGAGAUGGCCCUGCUGGAGGAGGAGCUGCGCCACCUGGAGUUCAAAUGCCGUAACAUCCUGAGGGCCCAGAAGAUGCAGCAGCUCCGGGAGCGCUGUCUAAAGGCCUGGCCUCUGGAGGAGGAGGAGGCCGGGGCAGGGGCCGCACGGGGGGCCGGGCCCUCACUGCUCAUUGAGGAGUCCUGUCACCACGAGCUGUCGGACAUUAAUGAGGUCCCUGAGAGAGAGCGCUCCGACAAGGACAGCACCAGCGCAUACAACACUGGAGGAGAGAGCUGUAGGAGCACCCCUCUGGUCAACGAUCAUGGACACAGCCUGGAGGGGGCAGACUCCCAGCUGCAGCCUCGCAUCCCCAGCCGCCACAGAGAGAGGGCGGGGAGGGGAGAGAGGGCCGAGAGGGGACAGGCUAACCUGAACCAGCCAUAUUCACCAACCAGCCACAGGAGAGGAGUGGGGCCCAAGACCUCCAGCCCUGGGGCCAAGUUCAGAUCCUUGUCCCGUGACGGUGGGGUCAGGAGGGGUUCAGACGGAGCGGCCAAGAGGAGCCCCAAGGCUAACGGCACACCAGAGGGCGGAGGGGGCCGCAGUGCAGAGAACAGCCCCUAUCUGUCUCGCCGCCAGUCAGGCUCCAGGCUGCCCCAGCGCUACCAGAGCUGCAUGCAGCUGCACUCCCCCUCUGCCUCAGAGGGUCCGGGGAGCAGGGACACGGCCAGAGAGGGCAGCCUGGGGACCGAGGGGGAUGCCAGCCCCAUGAGCCUGGGCAGCACCUGCAAGGACAUCCCCCAGGGCCCAGCACCCGUCCCCCCGCCCCUGCCACCAGCCUCCCCCGGCAUGGAGUGGAAGGUGAAGGUGCGCAGCGACGGCUCGCGCUAUGUGGCCAAGCGUCCCGUGAGGGACCGCCUGCUGAAGGCCCGCGCCAUCAAGAUCCGAGAGGAGCGCAGCGGCAUGACCACGGACGACGACGCCGUGAGCGAGAUGAAGAUGGGCCGCUACUGGAGCAAGGAGGAGCGCAAGCAGCAGCUGCUGCGGGCCCGCGAGCACCGCCGCCGCAGGGAGUUCAUGAUGCAGAGCCGCCUGGACUGCCUGAGGGAGCGCGACAGGGAGCAGGGGGUUGGGGGCGGCCAGCAGGGGGCGCCACAGCCACAGGAGCCCGCCACCAUCCUGGAGCUCUGCCACCGGAGGAGCAUGAAGAAACGAAGUCGCCGGAUCCUCGACAAUUGGAUCACCAUCCAGGAGCUCCUGGCUCACGGCACCAGGUCACCUGAUGGGAAGAAGGUCUACAACCCCCUGCUGUCAGUCACCACCGUCUGACAGACAGGACACGCGGACAGACAGAGCGCGGAGGAGGAGAGGGAAGUGGUAGAUAUGUGGGAGCGAUUCUUGAGAAGGGCUGUGAAGCUCACAGCAGCACCAUCUGUGCUCUGUCACUGUAGAUAGGAGAGGUGGUGUGAGAGAGACAACACCAGCUGCUCCUGCUUAGUCAUCACAGCCUGGUAGAGAAGACGGUACGGCACAGAGAGAACAACUACAGUUUACCAGAAUGAGUAGAAGCUGCCUGAGUGAGAAAGCAGGUGAGGAACAGAUCAAGCCCACAGAGCCUUCAGAGUGUGUGGUGACUGUGAGUGAUCCGCCAUGUUAGAAGCACACUGGGUACCAAGGAGGGAAGGCUAACUAUUUCAAGGUACUUGAUGAAAAAUGCUAACAAAAUAGACGUGACAUUUAAAGGCAUAUAAUAAUCCGUCUGGGCACACUGAGUAGGAGAAGGAACAGGAGGAGGAACAGGGAAGCACAUGCCUGCUGGGUACGGCACAGUACAAAGGUACUCCCUAGGCACAAGUCACAUGACUGCUACAGGUCACAUGACUGCAACAGGACAUGUGUAUUCAGGAAGGCUAAACAUUGUGCACCUUGCAGAUAGAAGUGAAUAGCAUUUCCUAAUUACCUCCAUGACCGAUACUGUCCUUCGAAAAGGUACGGCAAACUCCCUGCUGUCAGAAUGAUUUGUAAUCACCGGAGAUGUUUGCUCAGGUCCAGAAAGACAACACCAGGAUCUAGAGAUGGUUAAGAACACAAUGAUGUACUCUGUGGACCAACUGGACAGUUAGGGACACCUUGGGUAAAAUACUACAAUACUGCUGGUCAUUUGCUGUGGUACAAGGAACAAUCAAAGGGUUUUAAAGGGGUUCUUCAAUAGUCUGUUACUUGCAUGUUCAAUAAAUGUUAAAAACAACUUUUCAUAUACUGUACGUAAGAAAACAAGUCAAAUCUGUGUGAAAUUGUGGACGUGACCAUGUAACUUUUUAUGGGUGUGGAAACUGUUAAGACUAGAAAUAUGAUGUGAUGUUUGUUCAGUAGUGUUUGUGAUGAGUUCAAUAAACAUUUCACAAUAAAAUGUUUUCUAAUGAAAUGGUUUAAUUCAGGGUUUCAAUAUAAUUCAAGAAACUUUCAGUGUGAAUACAUUACAUUUUCAUAAUAGGAAUAAGACUUUCCAAAAGAGGACAGGAGUCAAGGAAUCCUAAAACAACUCUAAACCUUUAUUUUCUAACAAGAGUGAAAAGAAACAAAAGGCAACAUUGAAAUGAAAAGUUUAUACACAAACUCACGACAUCUGCGUGUCUGCAAUAUCAAUAAUAAUAAUAAUAUAAUCUGAACCCAGAGAACAAGUAAAUUGUGAUAAAGUGAGUUACAGUGAAACUUUAAUUUAGUUCUGAGAGUGAAAGCGCGAGAGCAAAUGAAAGAGCGAGAAAGAGGAUCAGACUGUAAAAGACAGACUGGAUCAGAGUCCAGAUGGGGGUGAAAAC